AUACGGCGACACACGCAGACAUGGAGGCAGUGAAGAAGGCUGCGAGCGGUGCCGUCGACAGCAUCAGGAACAGCCCGCUGUUCAGAAGAAAGUUUGGGACGCAGCAGGGAAGGGAAGUUGAGCAAGAGCCUCGCCACCUCUCCCCCGAGCAAGAUACGACUCCAUUUGUUCAGGGAAUCAACUUCAAGGUGACGUACUUGGGGCGGCAGCUGGUGUCGAGCUCUCUGGCACAGGACCACGGGGUGACGGACUCCACUGUCAGACAGCUGUGGGGGGAGGAAGGGGAGGAGGUCAGAGUCAGGGUCACCACCACCACCCUGAGGGUGAAGAGGGUGGGGGGUGGCGCAGUUCUCUGGGACUUUCCUCUCUUCCAUGUCUCCUACUGCGGCACCGACCGCUGUCAACACACAGCCUUCAGCUUUGUUGCCAAGGGAGACGAUGGGGAGUUCUACUGCCACGUUUUUCGCUGCGUGUCAGAAGAAAAGGCCUAUGCUUUAGCUCUUGCAGUGGCCAAGGCCUUCUAUCUUGCCUACCAGAUCCUGCAGGAGCAACAAGGACAGUUCCCCAGUCCUCCUGACAGAGAGUGUCUGUUUGAGCCUCAGCUCCCAAGUGACACCCAACACACUCCUCCACGACCUCACAUUCCCACCCAUCCUUCAACACAGCAGGAAGCAGUGGACUUGGCGCCACCCUCACUCCGAGUGACUCGUCCAUCCCUCUCCUCCGAGGCAGAGUCUCUGAGUGCCGCUGCUGAUGACGACUUUGCCCGACUGGCCAAAGCCAGGUCUAACCCUGACAUCCUUCGCUCCACCAUUGACAUUCAGGAUGUCAGAGGAGGAACUAUGGAUAUGCUGCAUCUCCAUGCCGACCCCUCCUCUCACGUGGCCACACCCGUUGGAUCCACUGAAAAUUUGCUCAAAGACGCAUCGUAAAGACUUACAGCUGUCAUAUAUUAUCGAUAUUAUUAUGGUCAUAUAUUAUAGCUUCUAACGUGUGAAACAA